CCACAAGGUAUUUUUCCGUGGGAAGACGCAAACUUCCCAUCAGGUCUCAGAGCGUUAAACUUCCACACAUUUCUUAGGAUUUUCUGCCGUGCGCAUGUGCAGUGUGAAGGAAAAGCAGGUUGUGAAGUAUGAGGUGAUCGGGUUUUGUGAUCGGUAACCAAUCAUCAUGCACAAGUGAUCAUGCACUUUUCCACAGAAAUCGGCCAAUUAUGAUCGGGGGCUGAUCAAUCGGCACACCACUACAAACAUUCCCUGUGAACAAAGGGAAAGGCUUAUUUUCAAGCAGGUUUCAGAACCAGAUUUUUGUGAACGUUUCCCAACUUGGUAGUUCUGCAAUAGUUUGCUGGUUCAGGUCCUGAUAUGAGCAUGAGACCAUGUGAACAAGAGCUUGUAAUCAGACUGUAGCAUUGAACUGAUUUCACUUCUUCUCCCACAUCCUGUUGUACCUGGCCCAUUACCACAUGUCUUUGGUUUCUUUUUAUGAGUUUAACUUUUAUAACUGUAAAAAGUAGAGCUGGACAAAAAAAUUGGGCAUCACACUUGAUAGUGUGCAAAGGAGGUCAGGCAGACAUAUGAACCAGAUGUUCCGGAACAGACACAUGUAAAAUAUGUAGGGCAGUGGUACCUGAUUACUAGAAUUCAGACACACUGUUGUUGAGGAAUAAUAAAGCGCAACCAAAUCCUGCCAAGAAAAGAAACUAAAGUCUUCUGAACUACUGAUAACCCCGUAUAGUCACGCCAUACCUUGGAUAUAUAAGUCCCUGAAUCACAGGAGUUUCAGGACAGAGAAGCAGAGUUACAUCCGGAGCUGCACAGCAACUUACAGACGCCAACAUGAAAGCUCUCGCAACUUUCUUGGUUUUGCUGAAUUACUUUACCAGAUGUCAUGGUUGGAUCUGCACUACUGCUCCUGAGCACGCUGCUGCAGCCCAGGUUGAUGCUGGCAAUGGAAUGGUUGUGAUGACUGAUAAAAACUCCAACGCCUUCUUCUUGAGUGAUUCAAGUUGGUCCAAACUGGGCUCUGUUCCUCUCAAGCAUGUCACAGUGGGAUAUGCAGGUGUCUGGGGAGUCGACCUCAACAACAAUGUCUAUAAAUUUGCAGCUGGUGAUUUCUUUCCUACUCAUGGUCUAGAGUUAAUGCAGGUGGAUGCUGGAGAAGGUCAGGUAGUUGGAGUUACCAGCCAAAACAGCAUCCAUUGCCUGAAAGCCAGCAGUGCCUCUUCCAUUGAGGAGGAGGGAGUCUUGAACUGGAACACCAUUCCUGGGGCAUUGAUGUAUAUGAGCUGUGGUCCACUCGGAUGCUGGGGAGUGAACUCGGGUCAAAACAUCUUCUUUACGAAAGUCUCACCAGAUAACUGCAGCAUCAGUGGCUGGCGUCAAACAGAUGGUGCUGCUGUAAAAGUUGAAGUUGGGACUGAUGGAAGGGUCUUUGUUGUAAUUCAAUCUGGACAUGUCUAUGAAAGAACCGGUAUCUCUGAAGCAGUUCCUCAGGGCACAGGUUGGAGCCAAAUCACCUUUUGUGUGUCCAUCAAACACGUGACCUAUGACCUGGGACGUCUGUGGCUUCUGACCAACACUGGUGUCAUUCUGAAUUGCAUCUAAUAACCAGCUGGAAGUCUUCACUUCACACAUUCUGUUCCUUCUGAUGAAUUUUUUGGGUUAAUCCCAUGUGUGAUUUAUCAGUAGAGGAUCUAGAACAGCAGAAGUCUCCAGGUUAAUCAUGAUGAGGGUUAAAAAUCAAGGUGGGGAUAGAAGUUAGUGUUAAAUGAUUAUGCUAUAGAGGAUUCCAAGAAUGCAGGAAAUAAAAAUAAAGUUUAAAGUAAUACUUUUUGAAUUGACAUACAACAGUUAAGUUGGAAGUUUUUUUUGUAUUGGUGUUCAACCUUUCAGCCUUUACAAAUAAAACAUUCAAAUGUGAUUUUAAGGAAACAAUAAACUCUUCCAUUGAUCAACAGAA